AUGUGGCCAAUUCUUCUUCUGACUCUUGUAGGAGCUUCCACAGCUUUCGAAUGCUAUACCUGUAAUGAAUAUUCUAAUUCCGGCAGGUGCAAUGAAAAGAAGACCAUCUGUCCCCCAGGAGUUGAUUCGUGUUCCAUGAUGGUCACACAGUACAACGGAAAUCUAUCAGUUCGAAAAUUCUGUACUCAACCAUCAACUCCAAUUUAUCAAUACUUGAUGUUUUUCCCCGGAUCAAGUAUUUGUCAAAACAUCGACUUGUCCAUGGUCAUGCCACCUUCUAACCGACUCCGAGCCAAGCGUUCCGAUUCACCUCCAGCUCCUCCUCCAGUGGAGAGUCCAUCAUUGCUUUGUGUAUGUUCCAGCCCUCUUUGUAACAAAGGAAGCCAUCAAGAAGUUGUUGAAAACACAAUGUUUAACGGAAUCCCUCGUAGACUUUUGAAAAAAGUCAAAAGCAAUUUCAAAAUUGAAAAGAAUACAUUGCAAGAUCAUCCUGAUGCAGAUCUUUUCCAACAAAUGGCUGAUGCUGGUUUCUAA